UGUAGUUUGCAGUGACUUUCAAAUUUAAACAUUAAUAAACAUUGCUGGGGAAUGAGUGCAUAUAAAUAUAAUAUGACUCUUCUAUGGAAGAUUUCCUGUGCAAUCCGAUCUGAAACGUUAAACCAUGUGACCUCGUCUCAAAUAUUUAUCUUAACUAAUGUGAUCUCUUGUCCGACUUGAAAGCAUUUCUAAAUUUCUGCGUAAAUAUCUUAACCCGAUCGCAACCCCAUCUUAUCCCGGAUAAUCUGGAUUUUUAAAAAAAGACAUCAACAGUCAUAACCUCAUAAAAUAAAAAUGCGAAUGUACUCUUCAUUAUGAUAAUUACAUAUCUUGAAAUUUAAACCUCUAAUGAAUAUAUCUAACAUAUAUAGUUCGUCCCAGCCUUGAGUUUGGCUUUUAUACACUGUAUUUUACACGUAUGCUGAUUCGUCAUAUUACUCUCUAAGCAAAAUUUAUUCUGUAUUUUUCAUGGCAAGGAGUCAGAAAUGUGAAACGGUUAACAGACAAAUGAUAAAGCACACUUAAUCUUUUAGCACAGGGGAGCUGGAUUGUUUUAAAUAAUUUUCUAAUGAAUUAAUUUGGUAAUUCACUGAAGAGACAUUUUUUGUCGAAAUGCGCAUCUGGUGCAUCAAAAUUGGUACCGUAUAAGUUUUACAUUAUGACCCCUGGGUCGAGGCCUCUGCUGGUGGACUGUUAGUCCCCGAGGGUAUCUACAGCCCAGUAGCUAAAUACUUCGUUACUAGCUUAAAAAUUCGGAUGUAUAUUUAAUUGCUGUUACACAAUUUAGAAAUUCAUUUCAAAAUUAAGGAUUAUCUCCCUCACGCAUAGCUCUUAUCCUUAGACGAAUUUGACUCCAAUUUUUGGGCACACAUUUUUUCCCUAAAUAGCUCUAAAACUUCAUUGUUAUUUUGGAUUUCAAACAUUUCGGUUGAGCAUCACUGAAGAGACAUUAUUUGUCGAAAUGCGCAUCUGGUCCAUCAACAUUGGUACCGUAUAAGUUUUACAUAUAUAGAAAAGAAAGAAAAUGUGUUUAAUUACCAAAUCUGAAAAAUAAUACAUCAUGUCUCGUUUUCUUUAACUUGGUCUUCUCUCUGAUCCUUUUUACAGUUUUCUUGCAGGUAUUAGUGAUGUUAUUAAAAUUCCUUCUUUAUACCGAUACACAUUUCAUUUGCAACACCUUCAGUAUAGCAUUAGGUAAACAUGAUUAAUAAUAUCAUACGGAAGUACAACUAAUUACAACGAUUCAGUUUGUCAAUACAACCUAUCAUUGGGUCAAAUGCUGUCUGAUUUGUUUCAUACCGAUUGUUAGGCCGUUCUUGGCACAUUGAUUUUGACUGUGGGUAACUCCGUUUACCUGAUCACGGUGGUUUUGACUGGUCGACAAGAGCCGCUUAAUCCUCCAACUCUUUAUUUUGUAUAGCUUAUAGGAGUUAUAAGAUUGGUAAUUGUUUGUUAUUUUCGCCUUUCAUUCAUCGUGUGGGUUUGGGUUUUUUCUAAUGGAGACACUUAAUGUAUUUUUGUUUAACCAAGGGUCAUGCCAAGGUCUGAGAACCGACAUGUGUUCAAACAGAUGUGAUAUAUUUGCACCCUAGAUAUCGAUAGAUACAGCGGCCAUAGUAGGAUUACUCCCAUCUAUAUAAAGAAUUCAAUAAUAAUGCUUCAAUUGUUGUGACAUAAUGCUUAUAUCCUGUACAGAUCCCGUCCUACUUAUAAUGUCCAACUGGUUUUUUUCUGAAUCAUAUCAUUGUUUUCUUAUUAAGUCAACGAUGCUCCUUUAAAUCACAUAAUUUGAGAAAAACUAUACAACGGAGGAAACGAUCGAACAUCGCUGAUGUUUAGUAACAUUAAUUUAGUAUUCGUGAAUUGAAAUUGUUUAAGAUAAAGACAGAAUAAUCGCAAGAAUUUUGAUAAAGGUAGACAGUUUACUUCAUCAAUAGAGAGUUUUACUUUGGAAUUUUGAUAUUUUUAGGUAAGUAGUCGUGAAUUGAAAGCAUUCUCAGAGAAGAUAGAACAAUCUGUACGCAGUUGAAACCACAUAUACAUGUAGUUUACCAUCUCAAUACAGUUUUUACUUUGGAUUUUUUAUAUUCGUUUAGGUUAGCCAAAUAUCUCUUUGCAUUGGAAUCUUUCGAAAUGAACACCACUGUUGCAUAUGAGAAUGCCUUGCAGAAAGAUUUCGAACCCUCUCGCCACUACCUUAACGACAAUAGAUCCAAUACAAUUGGAUAUUUCAAUGUAUUUUCAAACUUUACUAUAAACACUUCCACAUCCGGGAACGGAACUCGGGCAGUCGGUGGUAAAUUCGACAAUAUUCCUUUCCUGCUUUUCACUUUGGAUAAUUUUCAAUCAGAGUACUCUAAAACCAUAGCAGUGAUCAUUCUGGUUAUUGGAAGCCUAGGUCUGGUAGGCAACCUUUGCACUAUUCUCAAGAUAUGGAAUGAUAAAAAGUUCCACACACCGACAUUUGCUGUCAUCGGAUGUCUGGCGCUUGCUGAUUUUCUUUCCAUUGUUCGAACUUAUGCUACUAAGUUUACCACUUUACGACAUUUUGGAAAAGGUGCGCAGAGUUUAAUAGGGUUUUUCAUUGCGUAUGAAAUGACUUUUUUCAGUUCCAUUGGACACAUGGUGUUACUCUCUGUGGUCAGAUACUUGAUAAUCGUUCAUCCCCUACAGAGUAGAAGUCACCUGACCACAUUAGUAGUCAUCUUAUGGUCUGUUACAGUGUGGAUACUAAGUUUGAUAUUGUCAUUAUUUGGAGCAUUAUAUAUAGAUAUUUUAAUUUCUAGUCAGAUAGAAAACAUGGUACAAAUUUAUAAUUGGAGUUUGAAUCUCCUUUAUUUAAUCCAAGCUCUUUUUACUUUUUGUACAAUAAUAAUUUUACAUUGUUUGAAAUUGAAAUCUCUGCAAUCGUCACGAGUCCGUACAAAAACUACAAAGAAAAUGAAUUUAAUCAUCGCUCUAAUUCUCGGUGUGUUUCUCACUUUUCAAUUUUUUAUUACCGUGUUGGGUGUUAUAAGAUUACUAAGUUCUUAUAGAAUAUUUAGUUCUCAUGUCCCAAUAUUGGAGAUAGCAAGACAUUUGGAAGAUGUAGCAAUUUUAUUACAAAUUAUACAUUUUUCUUGUAAUCCGUAUAUAUACUUUUUAAUUUCCUGUUGCGUUAGAACUAAAUGAUUAUAUGCAUACAUAAUAUUUUGUUGCGUUCAGGGGUUUUUUCAUAUCGAAUAUUGAUAAUUUUGUUACCAGAAUAUAUUAGCUACGAGUUUCCAAUUGGUCAAAUUUUAAAACUUAACGUUCGGAAAAAAGUAAUGGGGUCAAAACGAUGUGUAUAUAGCAGUGAAUUACAUUUCUGGAAUUCAGUGUAACUGGAAAUUGUCACUAUUUUCAAACAUGUACAUGUGAGCAAUAAUUAGCGAAUAUAUCAUAACAUCAUGUUACAUUAGAAUCAGUGUCUUUAAUUCCGAUCAUUUGAUGUGGCUUCUUUUGUCAUUUGAAAAUGUAUUAAAGCAUGCUUGUAAUUCCUAUGAAAUUUAGAAUUAUUUAUAACUUUAUUUAAUACUGUCGAAAGUAAUGACUGUGAAACGGGCCAACACUGGGUAUGAUUUGAUACUGUCCAUCAUGGUGAUUGCAAUUUAUACUAUUUGAUACUGUGAAAGGAUCCUAGACUACAUAUGACUCGAUACUGUCCAUGCCGACUGCUUAUAACAUACUGUCCAUAUAUAACUUUGUUUUAUAGAAAUAAAACA